AUGGCUGCCGGAUCCGCAACCUCCACCUCCGUCAUGGCACGAAGGCUUACCGUGACUGGCCACCACAACCUCAUUGUUGAUUUCAUCGACAAGGAAAAGAGCAAUCCGGAGAGUCGGCUCUGCUCCAAGAAGCACCCUGCACAGGAGGUACAAACACCUGGCAAAGUGUUGGCUGUUUGGGGCACCGAGACAGCGGAGUCCGACCUCUACGCCCCGUACUUCUCCAACAAGCCCAUGAAUGUCGAUGGGGAGCUGAUGAGGAUGAGACACCGACUCGGGGUUGUCAGCCACCGGGGCCAUAAGCCGGAACAGCCGAACCAGGACGAAUUCUUCGUGCUGGUCCGCGACGAGUCUCUCUUGAUGGGGGUCCUCGACGGCCAUGGUACGGAUGGCCACGCUGUGGCGCACUUCGCCCAGGAGCACCUUCCUGGCAACAUCAUGGCAAAUCUCCGCCAGCACGGGAGUAGUUGGGAGAAGAGCGUUCGUGACGCUGUUGACACGCUCUGCAAAGAAUCGGAGCAAGACGAGGAGAUGAAGCAGAAGGCCACAUACUCGGGCACGACCAUGACAGUCCUUAUGUUGGACAGCCCUCGGCCCUCCGAAUGGCGCGUGCGCAGCGCCCACCUGGGAGACUCCAUCGCGGUCAUCGCAAGGCGCCCAAGUAGAGGUGUGCCUUGGGAGGUUACCCAGCUGACGAACAUCCACCGGCCAGACCGGGAGGAUGAGACUGCUCGAAUCGAAAAGGCAGGCGGCACCGUUCUGAAAUUCGAGGGCGAACCUUCGAGAUUGGCUGCCGACGAGUGGAGCCUGGCAGUGUCGCGGUCCUGGGGCGACUUCCACGCGAACCGGUAUGGCCUCUCCCACGAACCCGAGUUCACCACGAAACACCUGGCGACGGAUGGCGAGUGUUUCAUCCUCGUGUGCUCGGACGGCGUGUGGGAUGUGAUGCCGCAAAUGCAGGCGGUGAACCUCAUCGGAAAGUACUCCCCGAGCGAGGCCCAGACAGCCGUGGA